AGAAAUGAAACAUCAUUUAUGAAAAAAAUUAAACACAAUGAACUUACUUUCUUUUUUUUUUGGAACUCACACAAUGAGCUUACUUAUUGAUUUUUUUUUCUUUGCUAAGAAUAUUAAUACGAUAUGCAUAAUAUGCUCAAUUUUCACUAUUAUGGGACAUGUCCAAAAUCUAUAAUAUUAUUUCAAAAGUUCCAAGAAAACUAUACGUAAACGUAUAAAUAGAAAAAUAUACAGAUGUUAUCAAAUAGAGAAAACUACAAAUAUCACAAUGAAAAAUUAAAUAUAUUAAAUUCUUUUAUAAAAUAAAUAAAUUAAUUUAUUAUAAAAAUAUUAAGAAUUGUGAAAACUAAGAAUAUGAUGGAAUAUUCUUCUUUACUAAUUUAGAAAACAUAUAUAUGGGUGCGUGUAUAUGCUGAUUGUAUAUUUGUAUCUGACACAUUGCCAAAUCCUUAUAAGGAAGAGGAUAUAAAUAUGUCAAAAAAUUAAUUUCAGUUCAAUUUUUAUAUUUUGGAAAUUAGGAUUUUAUUUUUACCAUAUAACGUUGGGUAUAUUCUUAUUUGAUGGACAGAUCACAGCGUAUUAAAAUAUCAUAAUGGUUUAAUUAGGUAUGAAUGUUAACAAAUACUAUUUUGUUUUGACAUGUCAUAUUUAUGUUGGUCAGAUUUUUUAUUUAAAAGUAUUUAUGGAUUUUGUCUUUUUGAGGGGAGGAUAAAUCUUGGUUGCUAAAUAAUCAACGGUCAACUAAGACUUGGAUUUCUCUCUAAAUAUAGAGGAAAGUACUUAUCCUCUCCAGAUCCAUCACCAUUACAAAUAAUCUUCUGUGUCUCCAUCAAAUCACACCUCUACCUAGAAAUUAAUCCUCUCUAUCUUUUAGUUUUCAAUUAAUCUUUUACUUCUUUUUUUUUUUCUGAAGAUGAUUAUCCCUCUCGAAAACCCUGUUUUGGUGCAUGAAGAUUUUGGGAAACAAAAGAAGACCGAAGAGUUACAACUGGACAACAUAAUUCCAACGUCGAAGACAUCAUCGGACGAUGAUGUGUUUUUGGCCCCUGAGGUGAACGCAUUUGGUCGUCAGUUCAGAGACUACGCGGAUGCGAACAACGAGAGGCAGAAGAGCGUCGAGGAGUUCUACAAAACACAGCACACUAACCAAAGUUUAGACUUUGUAAAGAAAAUGAGGCACGAGUAUGGAAAACUGGACAAGAUGGUGAUGAACAUUUGGGAAUGUUGUGAACUUCUUAACGAAGUGGUGGACGAGAGUGAUCCUGAUCUUGAUGAACCACAAAUUCAGCAUUUGCUUCAAUCGGCUGAAGCAAUCCGUAAAGACUAUCCUGACGAAGAUUGGCUCCAUCUCACUGCCCUUAUCCAUGAUCUUGGGAAGGUUCUUACUCUUCCACAAUUUGGAGGGCUUCCUCAGUGGGCUGUUGUUGGUGACACAUUUCCUGUUGGGUGUGCUUUUGAUGAAUCUAACAUACACCACAAGUAUUUUAUGGAAAACCCUGAUUUUAACAACCCAAAUUAUAAUACCAAAACUGGGAUUUAUUCUGAAGGAUGUGGACUAGAAAAUGUUUUCAUGUCAUGGGGGCAUGAUGAUUACAUGUACCUGGUGGCCAAGGAGAACGGAAGCACUUUGCCAUCCGCGGGAUUGUUUAUCAUCCGAUACCAUUCCUUUUACCCAUUGCACAAGGCUGGAGGUUACACUCACCUUUUGAACGAGGGAGACAAGGAUAAUCUCAAAUGGCUCCAUGUUUUCAACAAGUACGACUUAUACAGCAAGAGCAAAGUUCAGGUAGAUGUUGAGAAGGUUAAGCCAUACUACAUGUCUUUGAUCAAGAAGUAUUUCCCGGAGGAUUUGAGGUGGUGAAACUGCAAUAAGGCGUCCAAGAAGUUUACAUAGAAAAAUAAAAUGUGUCUGAUUAGUAGUCGUUUAAUUAAGCACUGGAAAGCAGUACUGUCCAGUUAAUAAAGUUCUAUUAUUAUUAUUAUUGCGUUGUCAUUAGCUAAUGUAUCCCGCCGUUAUUAGAGAAAAAUGCUAUUAAAACACAGAAUUUUCAGAUUAAAGCCACAAAAUUCUUCAAUUUUUAAAUAUUGACCAUUUUAAUUUUUAUAUUUUGUCGAUUCGGUCAUUCAAGAAAUUUGAAUAGUCAACUCUUAAACUCAUAGAAAAACUAAAACAGCUCUCUAGCAACAUCGACAGCUCUCUAGCGACAUUGUUUUGAAACUGAUUAAAAUUUUAAGUAUACAACAUUGUUUUAGCACUUAAUCCUGUAUAUUUCGCAAAACCAAGAAAAUCUCAAAUAUAAGUAUAAAAAUUUAAGGGUUUUCAAUUUGGGGUUUUCCGGGUUUCACGAGAGAGAAUAGAUAAAUGAUGAUUACUAUGCAAAACAACAUCGUAUAAUUAAGUUUUUAAUCAGUUUUCAAAACGAUGUCAUUAGAAAGUUAACGAAAGUUUAUUUUUUAAUCGAGUCUACUAGUUGAUUACUUGAAUUUUUUAAAUGGCCUAAUCAACAAAAUAUGAAAGUUAAACCGAAAAAUAUUUAAAAGUUGAUUUUUCUGGCUCAAACACGAGUUGAAAAAAAAAUUGGUUUAAUUUGAAAGUUAUAACUAUCUUCUGUCCGUUAUUAUUAUGAAUAAAAAACUAAUAUUAUCUUUCUGUUUAAAAAGUUUCGAGAUUAAAGUGUAUCGUUUUUUUUUCGUUACUUUCUAUAGUGUUUGCUUAUGGAGUUUUAAGAGACGUACAUUAUCAUAAGAAACAUCAAACAUGCUCAAACACAAGCCACCAUCAUCGUCAAGUUUGUCCUCCAAACAUGACCGGUGCAAUCCAUUUGUAGUAGAAGGAACUCCAGAAUUUUCACCACGAUCUCUUCACCACCAACCACCGUCAUAUCAGCUAUUGGCUGCGACAUACGGAACCAUCUCUCUUUUUUCGGGGAUGGACUAAAAGCAGCUCCAACGAAGGUAUACAAAAGGGUAUCUGAAUCAAAAAGAUAAUAAAAAUAAAUGAAAAAAAAUUAAAUCAAAAGUGUGACAACCGAUUCUGUGCACCGAUCUCUUUAGAACCCAUGGCAACUGACACUUGUCACUUUAUAUUGGCUAAUAAUUUUGAAACUAAAAAGUAUUAUUAACAUUUUAUAUUUAAAAUAUUUAUGUGUAGUUAUUGUUUUUGGGGUAUUUUACCACUGGAACUAACAAUUUUAGUAUAGUUUCUUAACUUAAUUUAUUAUAUUGAUGAGAUACUUAGCCGUCUUUUAAUGAGUCGAUUACCAUUUAGGACACUUUUUUAUCUUUUUUAACACUUUAAGACACAAUCCGCUGGAGGGACACUUUCCUUGAAUCUGAGAGCUGUUUUGGACAGAAAUGCCCUUGCUCAGAAGAAACGGAAGAUGCGCUUAUGUUUGGGUAAGUAUAAAUUGUAACUUGUUUUUCUUAUUUCUCUUAAUGUUUCAUUUACUUUUAUUUCAAAUUCUAAAAUAUAUAAAACAAAAAUAAUUAUCACAUUAAAUUAUGUAUAAAAUUCUCUAUCUUUUAACAUCCAUUUUCAUAUAUAUAUACUAAUAUAUAUACAAAAAAAGUAUGGACAUGGAUAUCAUAGUGUGGAUAAUAUAGUUAUAAAUUAAUUUUGGACAUGGACACAAAACCAUAUUUAUUCAUACACUAUUUCAGUUUCUGAUUAAAUAAAUAUAUAAUAACCAUAUAAAAACAUGUUUCUUUUUUCUUAUUAUUUUGAUAUCCAUAUAUAUAUUUUUAUAUUUUAAUGUCUAACUAAAUUGCUAAAUUAUAAUUUAUUGGACAUAUGUUUUAUGGAUGUGGACACAAUAUUUUUUUUUUACAAAAUUCUUUGUUUUGUUUUCUAUUUUUUUAUUUAAAGAUGUAUAUGACCAAAAAAAUUAGUAUAACAAAGUGAUAUAUAUUUGUUAUUUAAUGAUAUAUACUUUUAUUGUUUUAUCUAAUUUUCUAUCUAUAUUUUUUAUAUAUAACUUAUAAGAAUGUAUGGAUAUGGAUUAUAAAAGUGUGAACGUAAGAUAUGUGGACAUGGAUAUAAAUGUGUAAAAGAGAAUAUCUAGACAUAUUAGUAUGACACACAAGUUGUAUCCACAUCAAAGUUUCUGAAAGAGAUCAUGUUAAAUGAUGUCCAUUAUCGAUUUUUUGUGAGCUAGUAGGUGUGGACAUGGAUUAGGAUAUAUUUAUAUGGACAUUGUAAUCAUGAAGAACAUAAUUGCGUAAAACAUGUCUGUGGUGUAUACUUGAAAAUUUUGAUACUAAUUAGAAUACAAAUCUGCACAUUUAAAAAUUGAGGGUGAAAACAAAUACUUACAUAAAUAUAAGGACCAAAUAUGUAAAUUCAUCAUUCUUAUUGCAGAUCUAAUCGAGCUUUCACCCAUGGUGAUACCAAGCUCAAACCACUGCAGCUUCACCUAUAUAAUGGAUGAGACUUCGGAAAUGAGUUGAGCAAGGCGAGGAGUCAACUUGAGCAGCAGAUCUCGUGGUGGCGGAGGAUUUCGACGAGCUCGAACCCCCAUGGCUUCACUGAGCCACCGAGCUUACCGAUGCGAUGUUGAGCUCGAAAUCCAUGUUGAGGCGUUUUCUCUUUCUUUUUUUUUAUCCGUGGAUUCUGUCAUGAUUCGUAAUAAAAAGAUAGAAAAACAGACAAAAAAUAGAGAUAGACAAAGGAAUAAGAAAAAGUUGAGAAGAA